AUGCCACUGUUCAAGAAGAAGAAGGCCGAGCCGAAGGAGGGCGACGAAGAGAACAUGCCCACCGAGGCAGAGAAGCGCAUGACAUCAAACACCGAGAACCUACUCGUCAUGACGCGCCGCGAAGCCACCGAGAAGCUCCAGCAGGCCCAAAAGGCGGAGAGAACCUACAAGAACAGGAAGCGCGCCGGCAGUGGCCGGGAAAGCUUCAAAGCGUGCAAAGACCACUUCAAAGCGGCGGCUCGCGAGCUGAAACUCGGUUUCAUCACUCUGUUCCGGGCCAUCAAGGCCGUUCCCAAUAUCGUUGGGGACAAGCAGAACGAAAGACGACGCUCCAGGGCGCUGGCUUCGAGGAAGAAGCUGGAGGAGCAGCUGGCCAAAACAGAAGCCCUUGAAGCUGAGAAGGGGGCCGAGGCCAAGGAGUCUUCAGCUUGA